CCCAAAAAAAAACUCUCUUUUUUUCUCUUCCCCUGCGCUCUCUCUUCUCUCUCUGCGUUUCUUCUCCGAGCCGGAGGAAGCCAAAAACCCUUGAGUCAAAAUCAGCGGUUUUCGCUGCUACCGAUUGAGAAAUUGAAAAAAGCUUCAAUCUUUGAGAAGAAACGUCGCAGAGUAAUCUCGCAACAGUCUGGAUCUCCUGUUUUCCGGUUCUCCUUUUUUUUCCGUGGCAGAUCUUCCUCUCGGUAGAUAAAACCCUUUUCAACCACUCUCACAUCUUCCUACAAGCGCUCACAACUCCUGGGCUUCGAUUUUGCAUGUUGGGUUUCAAGGUUUUCCUCUGAUUCCGUCGAUUACAGUUUUCAGCGAGAGGCCUGGAGAUGAAUCUCUGCUCGAAUUCGUAAGAUCAGGUUUUGUGAUUCGACGGGGAUCUGGGAGGAUUUUUUUCCGGGUUGGUUCGUGUGAUGGGGAGUAGUGAUGAGCGAAACAGUACGGCGAUUGAUGCGUCGGUAGGAGGGUUGGUUUGGGUCCGACGGCGUAACGGGUCAUGGUGGCCGGGUCGGAUUAUGGCUCAUCACGAGGUUCCUGAUAAUUCUGUAGUUUCUCCUAAAUCUGGCACACCAAUUAAGCUUCUAGGUCGUGACGAUGCUAGCGUGGAUUGGUAUAACCUUGAAAAGUCAAAGAGGGUGAAGGCGUUUCGUUGUGGGGAGUAUGAUGCUUGUAUUGAGACGGCAAAAGCUACUGCAUCGGGGGGUAGUAAGAAAGCUGUCAAAUAUGCUCGCCGUGAAGAUGCCAUUGUUCAUGCUCUAGAAAUUGAGAAUGCACACCUUGCUAAAGGCGAAUUGUGUAUCGAGAAGGCUAGUACAUCUGGCAAGGGCACCAAGGAUUCGACUGAAGAUGCAUUGCAAUCUAGUAUAUCUUUAAGAAAAAACAAUAAUGGUAAAGCUUCAAAGGUGCAGCCUUUGUUAGAAAAGAGAAGAAGAACACCAAAUGACUCGGAAGAUGAUGGGACUGAAGGAAACAAACGAAUGAGAGGGCUUGAAGAUAUUGGAAUGAGUGUAGGAUCGAAAGGAAAAGUACAGGUCGGUGCAUUGCUCAAGGCUAAGCAGGAAAAUGGAUUUAAAAGUGAUGUAAACAUCAAUGGUUCUAUGCCGAAUGGAACCAUUGCCAAUGGUAGUAGCAGGGAUACUUCUCCGUCAAAGAGAAGAACAAGGUCGCCAGUUGUGAAUGAUAAUGAGUACUCUAAAAGGAAAAACCGACGACGGCCACUGACAAAAGUGUUAGAGAGUACAGCUAUGGUGUCUGUUCCUGUUACCUCUGACGAAGUUGUCAAUUCUGAUUAUUCGCCUCCUCCAGGGUUCUCUGAAAGCAAAGUUUCUUCUGUAAUCAACCAUAAUAACUUGGACAGCAAUGAGGUUUCAUGUGAGGAUGUAGCUGUUUCAUUAAAUGAUUCUGAAAAUGCUGUUGAAGUGGUCGAUAACAAGGCAAAAGAGAAUGGAAUCUCCAGCAUAUCAGUUUUAGCAAAGGAUGACUCGGCCAAUGGAUUGGUUGAUGUUCCACUAAUUGGAGAAGAAAAGGACUCUGCAGGUACUUCAACGGCGGGUUUCACAUCUUCACCCAAGAAGGAUCUUGUUUUGGGACCAACGAAGCAAUGUGAUCAGAAUAGCCAUGAUGAUGUGGUGAAAAUCGAAGGGUGUAAUGGAUCUGCUUGUACAAGUCCAGCAGCUGCACUUAUUAAUGGGAUUGAGAAUAGCACUUCAAAGUGGCAGCUAAAAGGGAAAAGGAAUUCAAGGCAGAUGAGUAAAAAACAAGAAGAAAGAAGAAAUGCUUUCGCCGAAGAAGCCAACAACAAUUCUCGGCCUCAUUGUUCUGUCUAUGACCAAAAGCCACACGUUCAUUUCAGCGUGGGCACUCAGGCUAUGGGAAGAAAUUCUCAGCUCUAUGACGUGAAGAUCGAGGUAAAAGCCAACUAUAAACCCCGAAGUGUCCCGUUGAUUUCUCUGAGGAGUAAACUGAAUGGGGAAGCUAUUGUCGGGCAUCCUUUAACGGUUGAAGUGCUUCAAGAUGGAUCAUGUGAUCGCAUUCUUUGUAGUCAUAUCAAGUCACUUGCUGUUCCAAUGGUUGAUGGUGUUGUGAAGCCAAAACCAACGUGGAAAAAGAAAUCCAAGAAAAAGAAACCAAACAUUCCUCCACAUAAAUCAUCAAAGUCAAAGAAACCUUCAGCUCUAUCCAAAAAGACAAGGUGCCUCUCUGCUCUAAGUGGCCAGAAGCUGACCGUAAGUAGCAAUAAGAAAGUGAUGAUAGAGAAGACGAAAGAGCGGAUUGUAGCUUGCAUCCCUCUGAAAGUCGUCUUCAGUAGGAUAAAUGAAGCAGUGAAGGGAUCAGCAAGACAAGUGCACAGAGCAUUACCAUCUGCAGGCAAUACAUGCUGAGAAUUGAGAGAGAAAGACAUGGAAGUGAAGUUGUAUAUGUAAAGCUUAGCAUUAGCAAUUAGUGGUGGGAGGUGUACAAUUAGAAGGAGACAAAACAAAACAGAUUAGGUUGAAGAAGACAUUGUUGCUCAUUUCGAGAAUAGCUUUAAUCUUAUUUCAGAUAAACUAAAAUUGUUUGUUGUAAACUCUUACAGUUCUUGUCAAACUCUGAUGGAGAAGAAACUCUUCAUAGUUA